AGUAAAAAUAAAAAAAAAUAAAAAAAUCGAUUCUUUGUUUCCCUUUUUAUUUUGUUUCUAAAAUAAAAAAAUGUCUUAUACGAAAAAAUACACUUUUGCUCCACUUCCUCAUACGAGUCGUGGCGAGUCUAUUAAACUUGAUGCAGACCCCAAGGGAAAAUCUUUUACUUAUACCAAUGGAAAAUCCGUUUUCAUCCGAGAUUUGCAGAACCCUUCUAUCGCAACCGAAUAUGUAGGUCAUAAGGCUCAAACAACCGUCGCUCGUUUCAGUCCAAGUGGUUACUACAUUGCAUCUGGAGAUGUCCAAGGUAACAUUCGUAUUUGGGACACCGUGAAUGAGGAACACAUUUUAAAGAACGAGAUUCGACCCAUCUCUGGCAAGAUGAGCGAUAUUGCAUGGGACAGUGAGAGCAAACGACUGAUUGGUGUAGGUGAAGGCAAAGAAAGUUUCGGUCAUGCCUUUUCAUUUGAUACUUUAUCCUCGGUAGGUGAAAUCACGGGUCAUUCCAAGAUCAUCAAUAGUGUCAGUAUCCGUCAACAACGUCCGUUCAAAGCCGUCACGGCCUCCGAUGAUAUGACCGUGGCCUUUUUAACCGGCGUACCUUUUAAAUACGUCAAGACCAUUGCCGAUCAUACGCGAUUUGUGCACGCUGUUCAGUUCUCCCCGAACGGUGAUUUCUUUGCAAGCGCUGCUGCAGAUGGUAAGAUGUUUUUAUAUGACGGUAAAACCGGUGACAAAAUCGAAGAGUUGACCACCGCUGAAAAUACACACACUGCUGGUAUCUUUUCUAUCGCUUGGUCACCUGACAGUACCCACAUUUUGUCUUCUUCGGCGGAUUGUACUGCCAAGAUUUGGGACGUGAAUGCCAAGACCGUGGUCAAUACUUUUGAAAUUAAUUCGGCUGUAAACACAGUAGAUAAUCAACAAGUGGGUAAUUUAUGGUCCGGUGAGCAUUUGCUUACGUCUUCCUUAUCUGGCGAAUUCAGUUACCUUGACAAGAACAGUGGCAAGGUCUCUCAUCAUAUUGAUGGACACAGUAAAGCCAUCACGGCACUUGCGAUCUCUGAAGAGAACACCUUUUUCACAGGUUCUUAUGAUGGUCGUGUCUUUGAUUGGAAGUAUGGUGCGGAGGGAGAUAAGACAAGUGCUGAACGUAUCGAUGGUGACGGCCACAAGAACCAGGUGACGGCGAUUGCUUCCAAGGACAAUGAUCUCUUGUCCGUUGCGAUGGAUGAUACCAUGCGUCAUGGAUCUGUCAGUGAUUGUAAGUUUAGUGAGAAGAUCAUCUCUACGGGAUCUCUUCCCUCGUCUCUCGCUGUAUCGGAUAACAAGACAACGGUGGUUGCUACGAAUGAAAGUGUGUUGAUUUACAAUGAUCAGCUCCAAAAGAUGGGUGAACUUGAACAUCCCGGAUUUACGCCUUCUGCUGUAGAUAUCAGCCCUGAUGGUAAAACUGUGUAUGUUGGUGGUCAGGAUAACAAGGUUCGCGUAUAUGAAUUAAGCAGCGGUCAAUUAACCCAUGUGGGCGACUUGGACCGAAAUCUCGGCAACAUUAGUGCGUUGGCAGUGCAUCCUGAGUUAAAGCUAAUUGCGGUAGGCGAUAGUGUAGGCAAGAUUUUUGUGUAUGAUACGGAGAGUAAGGAACCUGUGAUUCAAAAAUGGGUCUUCCAUACCAGUCGUAUUACGUCUUUGGAUUGGUCCCGAUGUGGCGGUUAUUUGGUCAGUGGAAGUAUUGAUACCAAUGUCUAUGUUUGGAAUCGAGAGGUACCUACCAAGAAGGUGGUGAUCAAGAAUGCUCAUGUGGAUGCUGUCAAUAGUGUCAAAUUUUUAAAGAAUACCACCACACUCACGGUUGUCUCUGUAGGACAAGAUGCUGCAGUACGUGUUUGGGAUAUCGCCUUUUAAGUCACCCACCGCGUUUCCUUAAAUAAAUAAAUAAAAAAUAAAAAAAAAAACGCC